AUGGUGCCGUGCGUCACCCUUAGCCUACGCGACCGCACGUGCACCGCAGACACUACUCGCUCUUCCGCCAAGCGCUCCACAAAGCAAGAGAACGUCGUUAAGCUACUGGUUCUCGGCGCGGGAGAGAGUGGGAAGUCGACGCUGAUGAAGCAGAUGAAGGCGCCCAGCUUGCACCGACCCCCGUCUCGGGCAUGGCGCACCAGCCGACACGCGAGCGAUUUUAAACAACAGGCAAAGACGCUGCUCGAGGGCUGGGAUCGGAUCGGGUGCUCAAUGCCGGACGAGCUAGCCACGUUGCAAAGGAACUUUGACGAAAACGAGGCGGUACCUGCCGACGGAGCACGAUGUGCUCCGAGCGCGCGUGCGCACCACUGGCAUCGUGCGCAGCGACUUCCGGCUUCACGGCACAGACUUCGCCAUGUCAAGGGCCAGUACACGGACGCAGAGGGGAAGUGCCAUGUGGAGGCGUUGCUCUUCGAGGAGUUCGGCGCAAUGAGCGCGGGGGUGGAGGAGCUGCUGAUGCGGGUGGCUGAGGUGGCGGGCCGGAAGCUCACGUGGUGGCAGUACGACCAGACGUCGUGGUCGGCGCGCGAAUGGAUGCCGUUUGCGCUGCAGCGACUGUCGGUGCAGCUCUGGGUGGCGCUCGCGGACGAGGCACAGCGCGCCAUUGGUGCGGCGUCGCGCGACCGCGAGGGACCGCGGGGGAAUGCUAGUGGGAUGGGGGGCUCUGAGGGGAAGGGAGCGGGGGGCGCCCAGUAG